UCAGAUCCGGGGAGGAAGGCUGGAUGAAGCCGGGGGCUGCCGCAGGGAGUCGGGGCUCGUUCCCGCUCCUUGGUCCCUGUGAGCGGCGGGAAGGAGCCGCCGGGGACUGGCGCUGUAACCGCCCCGGGGUGCCUGGGCUGAGCUAGAGCGGGAGCCCCAGGCCUAGGAGAGCCAGGCGCCUGGGGACAGCGGGGGAGGCUCAGGGGCUCCCUGGGGCUGCGAUGCUCAGGGCACAAGCCUGACCGGGGAGUCCUUAGAUAGAGAAGCCAUUGGGGGGUUCGGGGUGUCCCGUGCAGGCCGAAGGGGGGUCGAGGAAUCCGGGGACCCCUGGCAGUGCAGGGAGGGCGCUUGAAGGCUCGGGGCUGGGACCCCCGGGGGUGCCGAGGGGUCCCGUGACAGCUCUGCGGGGAGUCCAGGGGGGCCCUAGAAGUAGAGCCAUGGCCACCCGGCGUUUAACAGACGCGUUCUUGUUGUUGCGGAACAACGCGAUCCAAAACCGGCAGCUGCUGGCCGAGCAAGUGAGUAGUUACAGCUCCUCCAGCCCUCUGAAUUCACGUAGCAUGGCUGCUGCGCUUGCUGAUGAUCGCAUGGCACUAGUAUCAGGGAUCAGUUUAGAUCCCGAAGCAGCAGUUUAUGUAACAAAGCGGCUACCUCCCAAAUGGGUUGAUGGAGUGGGAGAAAUUCAGGAUGAUAUCAGCAGGAUUAAACAGAAGAUGAAAGAAUUAGCCAGUCUUCACGACAAAUAUUUAAACAGACCUACUUUGGAUGAUAGCAGCGAAGAAGAACAUGCAAUAGAAAUUACUACCCAAGAGAUCACACAGCUAUUUCACAGGUGCCAGAGAGCAGUCCAGGCCUUGCAGAGCAGGUCACGUAAUUGUACAGAACAAGAAGAACGUGUUCUCAGAAACAUAGUGUCUUGCUUAGCACAGUCGCUUCAGGACCUAUCCACCAACUUUAGGCAUGCACAGUCUGACUAUCUCAAACGCAUGAAGAAUCGAGAAGAAAGAUCCAAGCAUUUCUUCGAUACGUCAGUCCCGCUUAUGGAUGAUGGAGAGGACAGUACUCUUUAUGAUAGGGGUUUUACAGAUGACCAGUUAGUAUUGGUGGAACAAAACUCAUUAAUGGUGGAAGAGCGGGAACGAGAAAUCCGCCAGAUUGUACAAUCAAUCUCUGAUCUCAAUGAAAUAUUUAGGGACCUUGGAUCAAUGAUAGUGGAACAGGGUACAAUUCUGGACAGAAUUGACUACAAUGUUGAGCAGUCGUGUGUAAAAACCGAAGAGGGAUUGAAACAAUUACAUAAGGCUGAGCAAUAUCAGAAGAAGAAUCGGAAGAUGCUUGUCAUUUUAAUUUUAUUUGUAAUAGUAAUUGUACUUAUUGUUGUUCUUGUUGGUGUAAAGUCACAUUAGGUAACUGUUCUAUGAUUUUCUUAUUUUUGUGUGUAUGUAAUUAUUUUUCCUAAUCUGAAUGGAUGGACCUGCACUCCUGAAAGUCGCCUUUGAAUGUAUAAGCCCUAGUGGUACAAAUUCUGUGCAAUGUUUCAGUAGAACUCUUCAUAAUACAUGCUUCGGUGAUACCAGAGGUGUUUGUAAAACUUGUACAGAAAAUGUCAGGACACUUGAUAAUGCUACCAAAUUGGUCAUCCAGUUCUUUAUCCAAACAUAUUUGGAAUAUUGUGCAGUAUUUAAAAAAAAUAUGGAAAAUAAGAGUAGACGUUUACAAGAAAGUACAAUAAUUAGUAUUUCACUGUAUGCAAAAAAGUGUGCUGUUCUUUGUAGUCUUAUUUUGCAAUUUUGUAAACUAUAAAGGUUUUUAUGGGACUAUGAUUUGGAGGUUAGAUGCCUUAAAAGAUGCACAAAAUUCUAACUGUUUGAUUUCACCUACUUUUCUCCAAACUUUUAAAAAAUAUAUUUGGAUUGACCAUUAAAAAAGAAACCUCUUAAAACAGAGCAUAAUUCAACCCCUGUGAUCUUAAUUUAGAUUUUGCAUCAUUAGUAAUUAUCAGGGUAGUACUUAAAAAGUGUAAAUAACAAGACUUAAUCACUGGUAUAAUUUAACACAUUUAGUUAAUUAAAAUAGCUUCCUAAUCCUAAGUAAUCAUAGGGAUAAUUUUUCCUCAUCAAAAAGAUCAUGCCAUGAUAUUUUCUAUUGCAAAUUUCUUGGUUAUAUAUUAAACACAGCCAGCUACAUUACAAUAAUUUUAAUGGUUUGCGCUAAUCCUGCAAUAGAAACGAAAUUCUCCUUUUAGCCCCUUGUAUCCUUCAUCUAUUUCCCUCCAUCAGGUGUCCCACAACAGUGGAUGGUAGGCUGUCUUCACAUACAAGUAGUCCCAAAUAUUUACAGUACAUCUAUCCAUACACUCAUCCUAAAUAAGUAUUUCAAUAUGGGUACAAUAUGUAUUGCAGUCUUCAUAAGGGGACAAGUUUAAAAUGCAGUGUUCAUGACUAAAAUGAUGUACUAGUAUGGGCAUGCAUCAGAACUUUGGUACAAAAUUUCUGGCUUGCAGUGAUUCUGCAGCAGUACAAUUUGCUGUCGGUCAGGGGAGAGAGAGAAGAGAAAUCUUGGUUUAAUAUGGUCCAAAGUGUUGCACAAUUAUAGGGGCAUUGCCUUAAUAUUUUUAACAAGACUUUUCUGUAUUGAAUAUUUGGUUUCUCUAAGAGGCUAUAGCUUGUACUAAUGGCACUUUCGGUUCUGAUUUGUACAAUGGUCUGCAUACUCUUGCAGUGAUAUGCCCAAAGCCACUGAAGCUCAGGUACACAAUAUAAUGAUUCUAAAAUUGUACAUGGGGGAUUGGGAUCCUCUGUAUAUAUCAGUACACAGACUCUUGCCAGCUUUCUUCCUGUAAUGGGCCAUGUAUGCCAUCUACCAACCCCUACUUCCCUAGUAAUGAUGGUAUACAUGGAUCUUCCUUGGAAUACUUAGACAUAAUAUUAAGAUAUGGCCCUUUAAAAAGUAUUUCUAGCUAUCUAGCUAUUGAUUUUCCUUUGUCUGACAAGAUCCUCAGUCAUUAGGGUGUUUAGGGUAUCUGUUUACUUGCUGGAAUACUUCAGUGUCAGUUCCAAGUCUCUAGGUGUCAUGUAUGGCAAAUCAAACCAGACAGAUUGACUGAUGGAAAGAGGUCCAGUAAUGAAGUAGAUAUUCUCUCCUCCCCUCUCCCACCAAUCUCCUCCCCCGCCACUGAAGAAUUGCAGUUAGUGGCUGCAAGGCAGAGGAGACACAUGGAGGUCCUUCAUAAUGAUUAGUCACGGUAAUUGGUGUUUUCUCUAUUAAAGCUAUUGAAGAUAUUGCAGGCUAAAGAGAGAAAUCCCUAGCGUGUGCUUAAGUUACUGCCUUUUGCAAGAUGAGUGUGCCAGGGAACUUUCUUGGAACUGGAUUAAUUUUCACUUUUUAUUAAUAGUCUCCCUUGGGAGAAACAUUUGUUGUCUUUUAUGAAUCAGGCAGAUGAUAGGAAACUAAUGGGGAGGCGGCUCAUUUAAGUGUUGUAACUGAUUUUUGUGCGGGCAGAACCCUACCUAAUACAAAGUAUCUUAUGAAAUAGGAUAGAAUUCUGAGCAAGUAGUUUGCCUGCAUGCAGCACCACGACCCACAGGGUUACACACUACAGACAUUUUUAGGAUAACUGCGGACUAAUGGAGUUCUUGCUGAUCAAAGUGUCCCAUCAGAAUACCUCAUUCCUUGGUCUGAGCUCAUACUUGGAAAAUGCUUAUUUGAUAUGGGGAAUAGGGCAAAAUAAAUGUGUUGGGUGGCUGGAUGGUUUUUUGGAUUGGUGAUGGAAUCUGUGGAGCCAUUCACCUGUAGGUUACUGGUUGAAAUCUGUUCCCAUUGGUAACAACCUUUAGUUACUUCAACCUGAUGGAUAAUUCAUGGCCUAUGUGGAAUAAGAUGAUAGUUUCAGGCCAGUUUCACAAACUGGCACUAAUUGGCACACUUUGCAAAUCUUAACUGAUAGGCCAAUGAAACUGGACUAUCCUCCGGCCUUGAAAUGUGGGACAGUGUGGGAAUCCAUGCACUGCUUCUACUCCCACUAUUUGUUUUCUGGGUAAAGAGGCGUUUGGUCUCCAGAAACUACCAGUCUAGAUCUCUCUCUCUCUCUCUCUCUCUCUCUCUCUCACACACACACACACACACACACACACACACACACACACACACACACACACACACACACACACACACACACACACACACACACACAAUUUGUAAAAGGUAGAAUAAAAUUCUUUAGUUUUGUAGCUGGUGUGCAGCUCCCCAGUGUUGGCAUAGAUCUUUUUGAUGAUUGUGACUAAAACUACUGUCUCCUAAGUGUGUUACUGCUAUCUGCAUCCUACGGUGGGAAGCAGUAAACAUUGCUUUAAUUUAAUUUACUGUAUUUGCAACUUUCACUCUAAGAUGUUAUUUAUUUCUGUCUUGACCAGUGCUUUUGUUGUUUUAUCCUAGCUGAUUAAUUUAAAGACAUAAUAAAACAACAACACUUCCAAACUAAUUGGUUAAUUGUUACUCAUUUUUCUUACAUAUUUAUACUAAAAUAAAACAAUUAAGCACUUACACUGAUGGUUCUUAAACAAAACUAAUUUUGUGUUUGUAGUCUGUCAAAUUUAAUGGAAGCAGUAAUGACAUAGAAGAUCCUGGAAAAUUAGUGCUCUUUUUAACUAAUGCUAAAUCUCAUGUAGCAUGAACAUUUUACGUAGCCAAAAUUAGGAAAGGAACAGCAUUAUCUAUAAGUAUUGGUGAAAUAGAAGGGAUGGCCUAACCGUGCUAAAAUGAUAGAAAAUAUUUAGCAAAUGUGAACAUUUUAAAUAGAGGUGCACAUUUUAUACGCAGUGCAAAUGACAAGUAUAAGCUCAGAUGCACCAUCUAGCAUAAUUCAUGAUGAGCUAGAAAUUGUUGAAGCUGGUGUAUUCUGAGAGAGAGGAUCUUUGAUAGGAUUUUAUUUCCUAUAUCAUUCCAAAUGUCUGAAUUUCAUUAUAAUUCGUCCUAGUUACUUAUUCAGGGCCAAAGCAUAGUCGUUUAUGCAAGGCUGGAGUAAUCUGGCUUUAAUCUCCCUGGGGUUAAAAACGGAUGGUAUUACCCUUCUAACCUAGGCUGUGGAGCAUCUGUACAGCCACAACAGUCCGUGAGCUGUAGCAGCAGCUGCUACACCUACACAGAGGAUUUGGGCCAUUGGAUCAGCAUAAUCUCAUCAACCUAUUGACCAUGCCAUUGACCUCCUCCUGACCUCCCUUGCAUGCUGUGGAGAAAGCCAGUGCAAUGUAUUCGAUGGCUCGUGGGGUGUGCACCUCUCCCUGGUCUCCAGACACCUCCCUGUCUGUAGUGGAGCCCCAGGAUAUGUUCAGAAUCUGCUGUGGGCACAAAGGGCAGAGUGGGAGAACGUGUUAGGAUUCAGUCCUUGAUGUGGAAAGCUAAUGUACGUGUAAGUGUAAAUCAGACUUACUAGAAUCAAACUUCAUUAAAUGUUUGAAAACUUGUAAGCUAAUGUCAAUAGGACAUUAGGUGCCACUUUGACCCCUCUCUAAAAACUGAAAAUGUGUAAUGGUUCUCCUUAAAACACACAAUGUAAGCAUUAACACCACUUGUAGGCCUCAGGGCCUAAUUAGCAGUGGAACGAUGACUAAUGAUUUAGUGUUCACUGUGGCUUUUUAAUGUAGGAUAUAACAUACUGAAAAUGUUGGAUACUUGCUGUAUGCACUCUGUUAUGAAACUUUAAUUUUUAUCUGUUUUGCUUAACUUUUACAAACCUUCUGGCUUUCAGUACAGCCAUGCACAGUACCUUAAGAAACAAGAGGUGACAAACAGUUAGAAUUUCAAUUUUGCUAAAGAAAACUUUAAAAGACUUUUAUCUACCAAAAAACCCCCUCAUGUUCUGUGUAAUCUGCAAAGAGUUAUUAAUGCAAACUGAUCCUUAAAGUGUAUCUUUGUUAGUGCAUGAGGCAUCAGAAUGAAAAGUUAUGCUCUAUUUGUCAAAAUAGAGCUUUAUGAGGUGGUUGAGGAAAGCUGGGAUUUUGUGUAUAUUGUAAUUUAUCCAUUUGUAAUUAGAAGAAAUUACAUUGUUUUGGGGGGAGAGGAAGAAAAAGCAAAUGAUUUGCAACAUAAUUUGGGUUUAACAGCCUAGUUUUUGAGCUAGACUAAAUGUAAAAUAUGUACAUUCCAAAGGGGUUUGCAAACUUGAGAUCUCUUCUGUUUAUCCCUAAUGGUUUCAUUGUAAGACAACAUUGGUAAAAGAUUGGGACAAGUAGCAGUGCUUGCUUAAGAGAUUGUCAGGGCUUUUUCUGCUCAGCACCCCUUUUUCCAGACAGAUGGGUAAACAUGGGGACAUAACUUUUCUUUCUUUGCAUAGUAAUUUUCCUGAACUCCAAGAAUGUUUUUCACAUUCAUCAAAAUGUUUUCUUGAUUUAGAUCUCCAAAUAGUGCCUGUCCCCAGAUAAAAUUGAUCAAAACUUGGAUUUAUAAAAUAAACACACUUAAAAUAAGGAACCCAGUACAGUUUUCUCUGUGUUGAAUUGUAAGUAAUCAUUUAAGUCUUUAGCAGUUGCUUGAUUCCAUAAACGCUGUUGAACCGGCACAAGGUUAAAAAUUGCUGUGGCCAUGGAAUUUAGUUGUCUAUGCUAGGGCUCUCACCAUUUUUAACACCAGUGCAAAUGCACUCCUGUUAGCAACCAAUGGAAGGGGGGGAAUUUUAAGAAAUUUUCAUAGCAUAGACAAGGCUUCAGAAAGAGAUUAGACUCUCAGCCAGUCCAGUGCCUUGAUUAAGACCCUGAUCCUGCACUAUUAAAGUCAAGGCGAGCUUUGCAAUUGAUUUCAAUGAAGAUAGGAUCGAGCCUUAAGUAUCAGUGCUUUUUACCCAUUCCAGAUCUUACCUACUGAGCAUGUUAACAUCCUGGGAUUUGGAUUAGAUGACCUAAUGUUCUUUUCCAAUUGUAGAUUGCUUUAAUGUCUAAAUUCAAAUUCUGCUGUUUAUUCCUAUUUCUCCUAUCUCCCACCAUAGUUUGUCCAUGUGUAUUGGAAUAGAAUCGAAUCCCUAAUGGAGUAUGUUCUCUGGCUCAGUAAUCUCGCUAAAGAUUGAACCUUUGUAUUAGGUCAUCCUGUCCGUUCCCUAGCAAUGCAGGAUUGUUCUCUACAAUAUACUUCUUGUAUCCGGGCUAGUUUUAAAUGAUUCAGACAGUGAGGCUUUCACCAUUUCCUUUUGGGAGGCUGUCCCACAGCCUAAUAAGAUCAAGGAAGUUUUUCCUGGUAUUCAGCCUAAAUUUUUCCUUUUUAAAUGUCUUCUCUUUACUUGCACUUACAUUUCGCUUUGCCACCAUAAAUAAAUCCACUCCCUCUUUGAUAUGUAGACCCUCCACCUCAUUUGUAGAUUAUCGUGUCUAUCUCUGGCUGACCAAACAUGCAGAGAUGAAAAUAUACCCCAAUAUGUUUGGUUUAAACAUCUUUUAGUUUACUACUAAAAGUGGAGUUUGGAAAACAUUGUUUCUUGUUAGUAAAUCCACAUGCUGUAAAUUAAAACACAGUUUGGCCAUUUCCUGUGGUUUUUGGCAUGCUCCUGUAUAAACAUAAUUUAGGUCUGAUACUUAGUUAUAGUUUUGUGAAUGCAAACAAGAAAAUUCAGCUUUCCAUUUAGAUUUAAUAAUUAGCCACCUAUGAAAUUAACACUUUUAGAAUUGUAGAAUAUCAGGGUUGGAAGGGACCUCAGGAGGUCAUCUAGUCCAACCCCCUGCUCAAAGCAGGACCAAUCCCCAGACAGAUUUUUGCUCCAGAUCCCUAAAUGGCCCCCUCAAGGAGUGAAUUCACAACCCUGGGUUUAGCAGGCCAAUGCUCAAACCACUCAGCUAUACUUCCCCCCAUUUGCAGUUUCUAUCCGUUAGAAGAUAUCAAAAAAAAUCAUCAAGUAUGUGUAACUUGAGCUCUUCCUUUUAUAAAGGGUGUGUAUUUUUAAUUGUAGGCGGAUGGUAGCUGGAAUCAAUGCUAACAACUUCCAUUCAUUUCUCCAAAAUAUGAAUUACUACCUUAAUCUGUGGAGUGUAACACAAGGGAUCUCAUGUUUUGAACAACUAUGUACAGUAUAUUUUCUUCCAUUUCAUUCUGUGAACUGUUUGUAAUGUAUAAGUAAACCAUUAAAAAAAUCUUAGUAUAUUUA